AUGGCUACUGCUGAAGGGCCUGCGCGGGCGCACGACCGCAACGCUCGCCGCCACCCCUUCUCCAGCUGGAUGAAGCGCCUAGCCAGCUUAAAAAGCUCUUCCAACUCAGGCUCGGGCCGUUGGUCUCACAGGCGACCCACCGGGGCUAAGAUCAAAAAGAACGGAGGCAACAACCCCUACCCGCUGUCGGGAACUGUCAAUCAUCAGGCAGGAAAUCCCAAUCCAAGCUACUCCUACCCAGAAGUUGGAGAUGGUCAGGCGUCUCGCUCGCGAAGCGAUCCUUCACUCGUUUACUCUAGCUAUGAGCAUGCAGUCCCCGCGACCAGCGCCAAGUCGAACGCCCCUACCAUUUCCACGAACGGUGACACCGCGAUCUCGGAGGCCGGUUACUCGAAGGCGGGAACAUUGGCGACAGGUGGAGGAGGAUUAAGCACCAAUGGUGGAGGCGAAGGCAGCACUUUCUCGUCCCCUGCACCAUCUGUUCGAUCCCUGACCACCACCCUGACUACCGUGCAAUCGGCCGCACCCUCUACCCAACUGUACCCCGCGCAGAACACGCAACAGGGACACGCACAUGGAAACUCAACGCAAAGCUCUGGAACCCAGCAGGUCCAAUUCUCGCACCAAUUCCCUACCUCCUCAUCGCCCGCCACGGCUGUGCCCGGACACCUGAUUACCAACAGCCAAACCUACAACACGGCGACCGCAAACAACGUUUUGACCGACAAUGCCUCUAUCCUCACACUGGCUAGCUCGUCCAACCGCCGCCGCCGAAACUCUCUGGACACCAAUGCCUCCGUCCGCGCGCUCGCACCAUCAUCCGUCUUCGGUGGCAGUCGGGAGAGCCUGCCACUUAGUGUCCUCAGUGGAAAUGUGGUAGAACCGUCCAACUCAUCCACAUUCAAUGCGCAGGGUGUCCUGAACCGCCCGAGCCUGGUCGGCCUUGCCAGCGCCGAGCGUAUCAGUGUCUACUCGACCGGUGCAGCACCCAUCGCCGCCACCGGCGAGCGGGGCGGCUUCUACCCAGGGAAGAUGACCCCCGCCACAGGCGACGGAGCGAGUAUUCGCAGCGGUGCACCUUCCCACAGCCGAAACGAUAGCACAGCAGCUAGCAUCACCGGUGUGGGUAGCCCCCUUGCCAUGACCUCAGGCCGUGUCAGCCGACGAAGCUCCGGCUGGGGCGAGAUAACCGGCGAUGAAGACGAAGAAGGCCGAGCCGAGCGAAUGGAUGAGAAAGCCGCGGUGAAGCCUAAAGAGGGUCUAUAUGAAGAACCCAAAGAAAUCUAA